AUGAGUGAGCUACAUAGGGACAUAUUGAGGCGAAGCGGCUGGUCAGAUGCAGCCAUUAAUUUCUUGAAAUCCAACUCAAUCGAAAAAGCCGCCAGGGGUAUACUCAGGGGGGAUACCAGAGAGCGAUAUUCCCACGAUCCAUCAAGACCUGCGGGUCCGAGCAGCCCAUUUUUUAAGGAGCUGUCCCGGACAUAUUUACCAGCGCUAGACUACCUAUUCUUCGAUGGCCAAUUUACUAGUCCAAUACUACCACCAAACGAGAACUCUCCAAAAUUGGGACAGCCAUACGUCGCUAAGAACUUGAUUGUAUGCCUUGAAAUUCGGAUUGGGCAUGACCCGCAACAUAUAGGUGCAGCAGUGUACCUCAAGAACGAAGGGAAAAUUGUGCUGUAUACUCACGACAUACCGGAAAACGGGGCAAAUGAGAUGUCGUUUGAAGAGACGAUCUCCAAUCUAGCUCACGAAAUGGUGCAUGCUUGGAAUGAUAUUUUUUCGUAUGAUGACAACAAAGGCCGGCGUUACAGACACGUCGAGGCAACGCCCGACAGCGAGAAAGGACCUGGCCACGGGAUUAUCUUCUGGGAACUGAACAGGUUCAUUCAAAAAGCUCUUGCAGAUUUAUUCACCUGGGAAGCCGUGCAGUUUGAGAUUGAAGCAACGAAAUCGGAUGAUAUGUAUGGCUUUAUGCUGGAUCAGAACAGGGACCAUGACGAAGAGCACGAAUUGCAGUACAAGUCCAAGUUUGCCUGUGAAGAAUACCUUGGGUCAUCUGACUGCACCACGAAAGGCUUUGCGUGGAUUUAA